GGGGUGACCAGUAUUACGUUGGAUUAAAUGGCGUCGAGAUAUUCAAUAGCUCUGAUCACAGCCAAACCAUGUGAUAUCAAGGUUCUUCAAGAAUACAACACAGACCCAAGGGUUGUAUCAAAUCUUAUUGAUGGAGUUUAUUUCACAAGGCUGCACAAAGUGAAAAGUCAUCAAACUGUGAUUCAGAUAACCAAGAAGAGAGUUCUUAUCAAAUUUAAUAUCCAAAAAAUGAUGGGACCAGUAGGUUACCCAGAAAUUAUUUACAGAAGUAGUAUUAAAGAUUUACACGGGCCAGAAGAGUUGUUGAAAAUGCAUUUGGCAUUGCUGCCUCAAGAUUUCGAAUAUUGAGAAGGGAAAUUAUUGCCAAACCUAUGAAAGUUGAGAGGAUUACCAUGGCUGUAGUUGCACUUCAUAAUUUCCUGAUAAAGUCGGAGGCAAAACAACCAGCAUGUUCUAGACAUUAUUUACCCCAUGGUUUUGUGGACAGUGAGGACAGAAAUGGAAAAAUUUUAUUGGGCUCAUGGAGAGCCUCUGUGGAGAAUGCACAAGGCUUAAAGUCAAUUGGGAGACAAGGCUCAAAUUUUUAUAAGAAAGAUGCCUCGGAAGUACGAGAUCAAUUUAAAGAGUAUUUCAUAAAACCAGAGGGUGAAGUUCCAUGGCAGCAAAAUCAUAUAUCUUUUAAUGGGAACCUUGAAUGACUAUGAUUUAUUCUUUCAACAUUCUUUUCCUUAUUGCAUGGGUAUUUUUCAUUCUUACAAGUUUAACUAUUGCUAAUGUAAACUCAGUUUUUUUUUUUAAGGCAAGUGACAUUUUAAGUAAAUUUUAUUAAAUUAGAUGUAGUUUAUGUUAAUAUAGUUUGGAAAAAAACCUUGUCUUGUUUCUUAAAACCAAAGCUGAAAGCAAAUAUAUAGAAUAUAACAUGUACAAACAGUAAAA